AAUUGAGCUACGUUCUUAAGUGUUAUUCAAUUGGAAUCAAUUAGUAUAUGAAUGAUAAUUCUCCUGCACCAGCCAUGAAGUAGGUAAUGUUUUUGUUCUAAAGAAUAAGUAACUUUAGCCUUGGUCGAGAAUCACUAGAGUAAAGCCCCUGUUCAGCCUAGGGGAAAAAAAUACGUCCAAAGUUUCAGAACAUGGUCUUGUCAUGUUCCACCUCACCAUGGCUUGGAAUUCCCUAAGCACACUACUGAGGUCACCAAUAUCAAUAAUUACUCAUGUUAGUGCGUGGUGUGGCAGGCAGCAUCAUGUCCUACCACCACUUGCCUUCACAACCUCUCACACCAAUCCACAGGAAACAAAUGAACGUGAGUACAUGCUCACCUGAUAUCUGCAACAAUCCUACCCCAUCUGACGCCAGCGUGACAAGAGGAACACUGGCUGCCAAGGCGUCCUUACUCAAGUGCCACUUUAUCGCUUUAUCUAAUAACCAAAACAAAAACUUUAUUGAGGACUGAUGAGAUUCAUGAGGGCCACUGUUGCUUCACAUCUAUUCUCGUCACACACAACAAGGCUUGAAGUGGUGUGUUGAGGACCACGAGACACCCACAGCUCCAGACACAUGCCACCCUCCUCUGCGCAGCGGUCCGUUAAGGUCGUACUAAUUAGGUGCUUUCUCACAUGCGAUGCAUUUCUUUGUGGUGCUCUCCAUGGUCGUAGCCAUGGCCCAGGCAAGCAGCGCGCCUCCCCCCGCUGAGGAGUACAGCUGUUCAGGCCUCAAGGACGAUCGCUCCCUUUUAUCCAGUCUACUAACGGUCACAGGUUACAGUGACAGUUGUGUGGCCGCCGCCCUGGACUUCUGUAGCACUGGACAAGAGGACAGCCAUUAUGUGUCCCUCAUGGAGGAGGCAAAGGAAGUGGUGCAGCAGGUCAGUGUUGCUGUAAACAAUUGGGAGUCUCGGCCACGUCACUGCAAGGACUUACUGGACUCCGGGGACAGCGGAAGCGGCCUGCGCCAGAUAUACCCUUACCCUGGGCAACCCCUACACCGCGUCACCGUGUUUUGUGACCACACCGUCGACGGCGGGGGAUGGACCGUCUUCCAGCGGCGCACCAGUGAUGCCGUCCGCGAAGAUUUCUACCGCACUUGGAUCGAGUAUCGGUUGGGCUUCGGCGACCUGGAGGGUGAAUUCUGGCUGGGCCUUGACCUUCUGCACCAGCUGACCUCCACCACCCUGCAGCAGCUGCGAAUUGACCUGCACGAUUACGAGGGAGAACAUCGGUGGGCUAAGUACGGAUUCUUCCACGUGGGCGCUCCGGAGACCAAGUUCCGCCUCAGGGUUGGAAGUUACAGCGGAGAUGCCGGGGACAGCUUCGCAGCAAAACACAAUGGCAUGCGUUUCACUACCCAUGAUGCUGACAACGACAAAAACAGAAGAAACUGUGCCGAGACGUACCGCGGUGGUUAUUGGUAUAAUACUUGCUAUGAUUCUAACCUGAACGGCUACCAGUAUGUUGGAGACAACAUCCCUACCCACAAAGGCAUCACCUGGAAACAUUGGAGAGGUGAUCAAUACUCCCUGCAAGGAGUGACCAUGAAGAUCCGGCCUGUAUUCUGAGACGCUCUUUUCGUUGCGGCACGGGAGAGCACAGCACGGUACGGCAUGGCACGGAAUGGUGGGAAGCUUACACACGUGCAUACAACAUUAUACGCAGGACUUCUACCACCACAACCACCACCACCUCUCCAAUCGACCUGCAUAGCUGGUACGGAUCGUGUUUUUUUUUUAUAUAUGUUAUGGUCUAUAUAUAGCGCCUGUAGGCACACUUGAAGAGUGUGUGGGAAGCGCUGUUCAGCUUCCAACUAUUAGUGACACAGGCAAUU